AUGUGGUUUUGCUGUUGUCCCAAGAACACAGAAGAAGAGCAGAACCCGGAAACCAAACACACUACACCUCAUGUGGCAUCCCAAGAGCCUUUGGAUGUCAAAUUUAAAGACAUCAAGGAUCUGUUUGAUGUUUUCGACCACAACAAAGAUGGCCUUAUCAGCAGGGAGGAGAUUCUCAUCAACCUUAGGGCCCUCCGGUUACCUGUCACGUACGAUGAUGUCAAGGUCAUGAUGCUAAGGUAUGAUACAAAUGGAGACAACCACCUUAACUUCCUUGAAUUUACCAAGCUGAUCAAACACUACAUGGAAACGAAGGACUUCCCUCUGGAUGGCAUGUUUGCGUUUUUUGACGAAAACGGUGAUAAGCGGAUCAACCAUAAAGAGUUUGUCAAAGCCAUGAGAUGUUUAGGAGUGGACAUGACAAAUGAAAAAGCUAGGGAAAUUCUGCCUGAAUAUUACGUGCCCGGCACGCAAGAGGUUGAUUAUGAAAACUUCGUGAGGCUCAUGAAGACCUACCUCGGCUAA